CGGGGACGGGGAGGAGGAGACACGCGGCCCGGCUGACAUCACAGGGCCAUCAUCAUCAUCAUCACGACCGAUAUCAGCAUCAUCACACAACCCUCAUCACUACCGAUAUCGCCACUGCGCUUACUUAACAUCGUUUCAUCAUCAACAACAUCACCAUCGCUUCAUUGUGACUGAGCUGACCGCAUCAUCUCUGAGCCGGUAGUCCAGUCGACUUGCACACAGUUCUAGACGUGCUGUGUACAAUUCCGCGUGGUUCUCACCGAUUCCCACUUGUAAACUAAGAUAUUGAAAUCAUCACUUCAGUCGGAGUACAGAACGGUUUUACGACAUCGCAAAAGUCGGCCCGAGUUGGCGACUUAAGUUAACGCGGAGUGGCGAUAACGAAGGGGAAGAUUGGGACGCCGUGACACCCGUGCGUGAAGUGGUGACGAUCUUCAUUCAGCUAGCUGCUGCCUGGACCUCGCUUGCGUCCCCCCGACCCUCUGUAAGGGGUCACCUGGGGACACCUGGAGUCACCUGGGGUCACCUGGGGACACCUGGGCCCCCCCCCCAGGAUGAUGAACGAGAUGAACCUCAACGUUCCGGGGAUGGAGCCGAUGGGAGGUGGUGGAGGCGGGGGGUCUCACCUUGGCCUGGCCUCGCCGUCGCACAGCUCCAUCACGCCCACGGGCAUGGCGGUGUCCAUCCCGAGCCUGCCGCCCGCCAUCGGCUCGCUCUCCUCCGCCCUCUCGCUCGUGCUGCCCCUGGGCCUGGGGGACCGCGGCGUCGUGUGCAACGUCCCCCCCGACAGGAACUACCCGCUCCCGCCACCGUACCCGCACGUGGAAAGCGGCUACAUCCGGCACAUCCUGCCUGGGAUCCUGUCGUAUCUGGCAGACCGGCCACCACCGCAGUACGUGCACCCGGGGCCCGGCGCCGUAGAGUCCGGCGCCGCGGCCGUGCCCUUGGCCCACAGCGUCGCGGCGGCCGCGGCUGCGGCGGCUGCGGCAGCGGCGGCCGCCGGCCUGGACCACUACCACCCGGGCGACUCGCUCGGCCUCGAGGCCGCCAAGGCCCAGCUCGACGCGGCCGCCGAGCGGAGCCCGACGCCGCCCGGCAGCCCCCACCGGGCCGACGACGCCAACGCCGCCGCGGCGCAGCAGCAGCAGCACCACCACCAUCGGCACCAUUCGCCGCACGGCCACCCGCACCACCCGCACAGCCACCACCUCCCGCUGCACCAUCACCACCACCACCUGCACCACCACCACCACCACGGCCAGCACCACCACGCGCAGUUGCAUCACCACCAUCACCACGUGGAGACGCACAUUGCCAUCGACUGCGUCUCCAGAUCGAGCAGGGCCCCGAGCCCGGCCUCCCCGAGCUGUGGAGUGGCGAUGGACGCCGCCGCCGACUCGCUCGCCAUGGAGGGUGUGACCCAUGACCCCGACACGCCGGGCCUAGGCGGACACUCCGCCUCCCUGGAGCUUCCAGUCGUCAUCGACGCCAGCGACUACCAGGACAGCUGCCGAGACGACGAGGACGACGGCGAUGACGACGAGGACGAGCGCGAUGAGCAGCAGGCGGCAGUCGUGAGCAGAUGCGGCGCGGUGCAGGCGCUCCAGGCCGUGACCUCCAUCGUGCUGGAGCCCGUGGAGUUACCCCCGGGGCUCCACCACGGCGGCCGCGCCCCGCUCGCCGCGACCGCCGACUCCGCUGACUCCUCCUCAGAGGGCGGCGGCCACGUGGUGGGGCUGGCGCUGGCGCCCGCCAACUCGGUGCGCCUCGCGGGGGCGGGGGAGGAGAUGCGCGGGGCGGCGCGGGAGGACAGAUCCGUGUGGUGCCCCGUGUGUGACGACGCGUUCGAGGACGACUGCCCGACCCACGGGCCGCUGACGCUCAUCCCCGACUCGCCCAUCGAGACGCGCGCUCGCCUGUCCCUGCCCAAGCAGCUGGCGCUCCUCUUCGCCUACGACGGCGGCGUCUCCGGCGUGCGCACGCUGCAGGCCCUGCCCGUGCGCACGUGCUUUGGGCCGCUCACGGGCCGGCACGUGCUGCCCCAGCAGCAGGAGGCGUGGGCGCGUCUCAACAUGGGCAGCCCCAACGUGUGGAAGAUUUUUCGGGAUGAGCAGCUGCAGUUCUGUGUCUGUACGGAGGACGAGGAUGAGUCGAACUGGCUCUCCCUGGUACAGAGAGCCAGGACGUCAGAGGAGCAGAACCUGGUGGCGUACCUGCACGAGGGAAAGGUCUACCUGUGCACAUCCCGUGAUGUGGCGCCCUUCUCACCCCUCUGCUUCUACUACUGCAGGGACUACGCACGCCAGCUGGCCCUGCCCGAGUCGCUGCAUUCCCCACGCUACGAGGAGUGCGGCAAAGACUUCCCUCCAGUGGGCGGCCUGCAGGGCGGCCUGCAGAGCGGCCUGCAGGGCGGCCUGCAGAGCGGCCUGCAGGGCGGCCUGCACGUCCGCGCCAGUGCCGCAAUGUGCCCCGACGUUGGCAAUGGAGACGUGGGGCCGGGGAGCGCGGCGGCCGUGGGGGAGGCCGUGGGGGAGGCCGUGGUAGUGACGGCGGGGGAGGCCUCGGCGGACGUGGAUGCCGGCACGGCGGCGAGCGAAGAGCGACCCGGCAGAAAGUUGCUGUCCUGCACCGUGUGCUCCAGGGCCUUCCCCACCAACUCCAAGCUGAGGCUGCACAUGCUGGGCCACAUGGGCGUGCGGCCGCACGCGUGCCAGUACUGCGGAAAGACAUUCUGCGACCCCAGCAACCUGCGCACCCACCUGCGGAUACACACGGGCCAGCGCAACUUCAGCUGUGAGGUGUGCGGCCGCAGCUUCACGCAGAAGGCGCACCUCACCUCCCACGCGCAGGUGCACACGGGCGGCACGAAGACGCUGCGCUGUGACGCGUGCGGCAAGCUGUUCGCUCGGCGCCACGACCUCAAGCAGCACUCGUACAUGCACACGGGGGAGCGCACCGUCAAGUGCCCCGAGUGCGGGAAGAUGUUCUGGCGCGCGACCCACAUGCGCAAGCAUCUCAAGACCCAUUUGGGUCGCCGUGAGUUCACCUGCCUGCGAUGCUGCAAGGCCUUCCUCACGCGCUACCACCUGGCACGGCACAUCAAAGGCUGCCGCUGCGGCCACAGCGCCCCCUCUUCCGCCGCCGCCGCCUCCUCCUCCUCCGGGGUCGUCAUCGUCGGUCCCGUGGAGGCAGCGGGGGUCAGAGUUCACGACGGGGGCGGGGGUCACGACGGGGACGUGUCCACGAGCGGCUCGGACGAGGAGACGCGGCCCGCGGAGGAUGAGCGCGACGAGUGAGGUCUCGCGUCCCCGCGACGUGGAGGCCACGUGGCGGUGGCCGUGUCAGGGAGCGAUUCCCCGCAGAUGCUGGCUCAACGCGCUGCUGCUCCUGCUGUGACCGUGGCUGCUUCUCGCUCCAAGUGUCGCCAACUCUGCGAUUGUCACUUCAUCUUGUGACCUUUGGGUUUCCCAAGCGGCAACAUGUUGUCAAGCCGACUAGCGGAAAAUCUCCUGACUUUCUAUCAUGACAUUCGGAGCGAGUCCAGGUUUAUAUGAAGGAUCCUUCAUCAGUUUUCAGCGUUUUCUGCUCGGUAAGUUGUCCUCUGGCAUUUUUGAUGAUCAGCAACCGGUCCGUCUCGUGAUGUCUCGCCACUAUCUUGGAUGGUGAGAUGGAACGUUCACCGCCUGUUGCAGAAGUUCACAGUUGGUGUCCGUCGGCCGCCCCAGUUAUAAUUUGCGCCGUCUGCUUGACAGUGGACGUGAAAGAUCCCCGUGACGAUAUUCGCGAGAGUAGGCCAUUGCGUGCCGGCGUCACGGUCCGCAUUUGCCACAUUCGAAAGUUAAUUCUCAAUUGGGAUUAUGCAGCUGUAAUCAUGCCCUCCUGGUGGCAGGCUGAUGGCCCAGGCGACUCUUGGAAAUGCAACGCUAUCCUGGUCACUUGAGUUCUCACCUGGUCAAUCAAAAUAAAUGUAAACUGAUAUGA